CUUGUAAGUUUCGCCUGGCGAACCCGUGCCGAGCCGUUCCCUUGGCGACCCCGGGAGGGUGGUGGUGAUGGGUGGAGGGAGAAACGGAAGCGGAAAGGAGCGGGGAGCGGAAGCGUGUAUUCGGAGACUGAAUUGAGGGAACAGCGACAAGCCAUAAACAUGUCAAAGGCUGAACUGGUUGAGAAGGCAAAGUUUGCUGAGCAGGCGGAGCGCUACGAUGACAUGGCGGCCGCGAUGAAGGCCGUCGCUGAGAAGGGUGACGAGCUCUCGAACGAGGAGCGGAACCUGCUCUCUGUCGCUUACAAGAACGUGGUUGGGACCCGUCGUUCGUCCUGGCGAGUCAUCUCUAGCAUCGAGCAGAAGAAUGAUAAUGAAAAUAAGAUACAGAUGGUACAAUCUUACCGAGAGAAGAUUGAGAAGGAGCUUCAGGAUAUCUGCAAUGAUGUUCUGAGACUGCUGGACGAGUACCUUAUCGCCAAUGCAACUUCUUCUGAGAGCAAGGUCUUCUAUCUGAAGAUGAAAGGAGAUUACUACAGAUACCUCUCCGAAGUUGCAAAUGAGGCAAAGAAAACGACUACCGUGGAGUGCGCACAAAAGGCCUACGAUGAGGCAUUUCAAAUCAGCGAGGCUGACAUGCAACCAACUCAUCCCAUCCGCCUUGGUCUGGCCCUCAACUUCUCCGUGUUCUACUACGAGAUCCUGAACUCUCCUGAAAAGGCAUGCAAGCUGGCAAAAUCGGCGUUUGAAGAUGCUAUUACAGAACUAGACUCUUUGACUGAUGAUUCAUACAAAGACAGCACCUUGAUUAUGCAGUUACUACGGGACAAUUUAACUUUGUGGACCUCAGACAACCAGGGAGAGGAAGUGGAGCAGGCCGAAGGGGAGAACUAAACUCAUGUCACUUCCUGCCCCCUUUAUUCACUUUCACCUCCUGUCUGCCUAACUGCCCCACUGUUCUCCUGUUAGAUAUCACUGAUUCCCCAUCCCGUAGAUACCAGCAUCACCAGCAGCCUGUAUUUCAAUGCACCAGCAAACACUGAGAGAAGUCUGUCACCAGCAGUAGCUCUAACCUGUCAUGGUUACUGCACAUCUUGGUUUGGGUGGGUGGAUGUUACCUGGUGUGUAAGUUGAAAUUUCUCUUGGAUUUAAAUGUUAGCCUGUGAUAAUUUUGAAGAGAAAGUGUAGUGAAGAGACAAGUGUAGGGAUCACAUUCUUGGAGCACUUCAUGGUGAGAGACUCAUUGCUUUGUUAAAUUAAUUAAUCAGUCAGCCCUGUUAGGUAGAGAGCUUUUCUUCAUCUUCCUGUUCUGUGACUUUCCUCUGGUCAUUCCUCUAUUUUCCUGCAGGUAAGAUCCCAUUGUCAAGACUGUCCUGUGCAAUCUCCACCACUCCCCACCCCACCCCCACCACUUUGUCAGCAUGGCCUUGUGAACAGAUGGUAUCGCUGGCUUCCAUCAUUGCUUCAGUAAUUGUUCCUGCUCUGGGAAUUGGGUGCUAGUGGGGAGUCUUGACAGAUAAUUGAUAGUGUAAUAGUUGGUGGGCUUUCAGUUCGAGCCAGCCAGUUGGGACUACCUUCUGCACAAUCGAAAUGCUGAUGACCCCAGUGUUUGUUUGUAGUUUCAGUGUCCAUGUCCCUACCCCUCCCCACACUUCUGCACAAUCCGCUGUGGGCCACUGACUGCCUCCCAUGGGCGGUUCAGGUUUCAUAUCAGGGUGUGCUCGGUUACAUCAGCUGUCUGUUCCCUCUGCUCUGGGUUCCUUGUGCUUGCCCCCACCACCACCAUCUCCAUUUCCUGGCAUUCCAUGCAAUGGGGAUCAUUUCUGUUGUUGUUUCUCUCUGUCUUCCAUUCACAUCCAUCCAAUGUUAUAAUGUCUACUCACCUGUGGUAGUAACUGGUAACUUUGGUAACCAGCUGUAGCCUAUUUCUAGUCACUGUGCACACAUAUUCUUGGUAUUAAAGUAGUAUUUUUCUUCACUGAUGCAUCGGCCCUGACCUUUCCUGUAAAUUCUACCUUGAUGCUCUGAAGCUUUCUUUUCAUAGAGCUGGUGAGAAGGGUGGGGGUCAAUGUCAUCCAUUUAAUUUCUCAUUUACCCUCCCACCCCCAAAGUAAUGAUGUUUUCUAAAUUAGACCCAAGAACAGUCCUCGCAUCAACCUACACUGUUCACUUCCCUGGCACCAAGUAUCGAUAGCUAGGUUUCCGUCAGGAUUUACUGGAAAGGCUUGUCCUCAGCUGCACCCAGGGGCAUCAGCUGAGUGGCGUCACGGUUCUGUUAGAAUGCAUUCUUAUCUGCAUAGUUGGAAUGGAAAGGAGAGGGAACAGUCUGGGUGUGAAUGUACAACAGUAGUCAGUGUCGCAAAAUACACUUCUGACUUCUGUUCUGAUCACAUUUCACAGAUGCGCACCCCUCAUCUGAUUGUCAUUUUAGUCUGUUUGUCCACUGGAAAAAUGCACCAUGCACUGAAUUUAAAAAAAUACUAUUGAAAUUUCUUCUAGCCGACUUUUAGGUGAUCUCUGGUAGUGAAUUUGGAACGGCCCCUUGUCCAACAUCUGUUUAUCCUGCAGCUGCCCACCUGCUUGGUUUUUUACGGAUCAGUAUUCUGCCUCCAUUCACUUCUGUUGCUGUUGUAGCACACACGUGAUUGUGGAACAGUAGGACAAACAUAUUAAAAUUUGUUUUUGAUGUACAA